AUGGACACCGACACUGACACUAACACUGACACCGACACAGACCCCGAUAUCGACCCCUACACAUAUAUAGACACCGACACCGACUUUGACACUGACUUCGACACCGACCCCUACACAUAUACAGACAUGGACACCGACAUCGACUCCUACCAUAUACAGACAUUGACACCGACACUGACACUGACACAGACACCAACUCCAACUUCGACACCGACUUCAACACCGACAUCGACACGAACUUCGAUACCGACUUCGACACCGACUUCGACACCGACACUGACAUUGACACCGAUACUGACACCGACACCGACUUCGACACUGACUUCGUCACCGACAUCGACACCGACUUCGACAGACACUGACACAUGCUUCGAUACUGACACCGACACCGACAUCGACACCGAUUUCGUCACCGACAUCGACACCGACUUCGACACUGACACUGACACCGACACAUACUUCGACACCAACUUCGAUACCGACUUCUACACCGACUUCGAUACCGACUUCGACACCGACACGGACCCCGACACUGACACCGACGCCGAUUUCGGCACGGACUUCGUCACCGACACCGAUACCGACACCGACACCGACAUCGACUCUUACACAUUUACAGAAAUGGACACCGACACUGAUACCGACACCGACACCAACACCAACUUCGACACCGACUUCGACACCGACAGCGACACUGACAUUGACACCGAUACUGACACCGACACCGACUUCGACACUCACUUCGUCACCGACAUCGACACCGACUUCGACACUGACACUGACACCGACACAUACUUCGACACCGACAUCGACUUCGACACCGACACCGACUUCGCACCAACUUCGAUACCGACUUCGACACCGACUUCGAUACCGACACUGACACCGGCACAGACAUCGACGCCUAACAUAUACAGACAUGGACACCGACACUGA